ACAAAUUCCUAUUGUUAUCCUUUACAUUAUUAUUAUUAUUGUUGUUUCCCGGUCAUUUUUGAGGGGUUAACAUGCAUAAAAACUCUUGAAAUGUUUGCAUGGAGUUCAGGUCUGGCGAAAAUGCGAUAAUGACAUAGUUCCUGGACCUGUGCGUUGCUCAAGCGCUGUAUAGUGCCCACAAGGUGAAAACAGAGGCAAAAUUAAGUUCCACCAAGUUUCCCGAAACUUGGUGGGAAGAUGUUAUAGACCAAGAUGAACAAAAAAGUUGACCUUAACCAUGGCCUCAACUCAACAGGAAGUCGGCUAUUUUGAAUUUUGGCGUCCAUUUUUGGCGAUUUGCACCCUACGUAAAUGCCUGAGACACAUCAAAGGCGAAAAUUUGUCAAAAGGUUUUGUGGAUUCAAAAGUGAGGUCAGGGAACACCUGCACUCCCUGACAUGCAUGGGGGACAAUGUUUAAUACUUUUCAGAUUUGGACAAAAGCACUUAGUUACAGGACCUUUUCUGUCCCUUUUUAUGGUUAAAAUAAGCACAAAACAAACUCCAGGCAGACAGUUUGAGGCUUAGGUUUUAAAGGGUUAAAUCUAAAUAAACUUAAUAAGCAAAAAAAGACUGGAGUGCCAUUAAAUACGCCUAAGAACAGUGUGGUUGGGGGAUUAAGAGACUUUGCAGGCACGUGCACGGGUAGUUAUCCUACUUUGAGAUGACCACUUCACAGGAUGAGUUCAGAGAGACACAAGAGUAGGAGGGGACACUAAGGUCAGCGGACGGACAGCUGAGAGACACACAGAGCAGAGAGGGGGACACCUGCGGUUCACACACAGAGAAAGAGCUCCUCGGUCAGUGUUGAGACAUCAUGGCACAGCAGGUCAGCGGAUCUCCGUUCCUCAAACCUUUCUUCCUGAAGACGCCGGUUAGAGUGGUCAGUCCUCUGCAGCAGAGGCGACACACGCUGCCCGCCAGUGAGUUCAGGAACCUGACGCCGCAGGACGCCAUCAGUGUGUUUGAGAUCGAGAGAGAGGCUUUUGUCUCCGUCUCUGGAGAGUGUCCACUCACGCUGGAUGAGGUGCUGAACUUCUUGAGUCAGUGUCCGGAGCUUUCUCUGGGAUGGUUCGAGGAGGGACAACUGGUCGCCUUCGUCAUCGGCUCCGGCUGGGACAAGGAUCGUCUCUCACAGGAGGCCAUGACUCAGCAUGUCCCCGACGCCAACGCCGUGCACAUCCAUGUGCUGUCGGUGCACCGUCACUGUCGCCAGCAGGGCAAAGGCUCCAUCGUGCUGUGGCGUUACCUGCAGUACCUGCGCUGUUUGCCCGGCGCGCGGCGAGCGCUGCUCAUCUGCGAGGACUUCCUGGUGCCGUUCUACCUCAAGGCCGGCUUCAAGGAGAAAGGCUCGUCGGCCAUCUCCGUCUCCAACAUGUGUUUCCAGGAGAUGGAGUACACGCUGGGUGGGCAGGCGUACGCCCGGCGGAACAGCGGCUGCUAGUCACACACUCUCAUCUCCCACCGCCGCUUCCCCUAAAUUCACCCGUUCACUCACCACUUAAAAUGGACUCAUGGACAGAAUUUAGCACCGUGGACUUUGAAAGGAGUGAGGGCUGUGUGUGUGUGUGUGUGUGAGGAUUCACUAAUUCAUGCUUUGCUGUCAUUAAUCAGAUUAUUAUCCUUUUGUCACCCUGUAGCAUAUCGGUACAAAGAGGUGUGACCAACGGACGCAGAUGAUUAACCUACAACCAGUCAGAGCAAUUAUCUGGACACCAAACAACAGAAAAGAAAACGUGUCGAGUCGUGGUGUCUGACGACUUUUAUUCUUUUACUGUUCUUCAACUCGCUCUUUGGCUUUUGACUUCCCUUGAAUGCAUUUUAUAUAAUAUUUUUCUACUGCGUUGUUUAGAGUUACAGUGAACGCAUUUAAACAGCAUAUUUUAAAGUGGAAUGGAUUGAGUAAAACAUGCUGUUUAAUAUGUAGCAGCUCUAAACGAGGCACUUACUAGAAAAUAUUGUACGAAUAUUGCACUAAAAGGUAUAGUCCCCGUUAUUUGAAGUAUGAGAAAAUUUACUUGACAAAUGACACAGUUCAGGUACGGCACGUUACAGCUCAACUCUACGUGGUUUGAUAUGAUUUUCCACUAUUUAGUACCUCCUCGACGUUGGCGUAGUCAUCACUAAACUGCCGCGGCUUCGUUUUAUAUGCGACACAUACGUGACUAGUGACUUGUAAAGCAGUUGUUUUCGAUGCAACUGAAUCAUUAGAAUCAGUUCAUUUGAAAAGAUUCGCUCACAGAGUUGUUCAGUACUUCCUCCGUGACUAAAUACACCAGACUCCUCUGUUUGCUAAAUGUUGGAGAUUAACGCAAGUUAGGAUUUUUUUUUUUUUUUUUUUUUAAUUGAUCUACAGUUCAACAUCGCUCACUUUGAUGCACGCUCAUGACUCUUCCAGUGACGACGCUCUCUGGCCAAUCAGUGGCCGGCAGUCUGUUGACGUCACAUUUUAUUUUGGUAUCGGCUCAGUUCGCUUGGAACGUCGCCAGAGCAGGUACUAAAAAAAACCCACCAGGUACCAGGUUCCAUUUUGUUUUAAUGGAAAAGCAAAAAAAACUGUGCCAUGCUGGGACUGUGUAGUGGAAAAGCAUCAAAAGAGUGAGUGAACAGGGACAGAAAUUGUUCUUAGUGACCAAAAGAAGGAGAAAAAAUUAACCAAUUUCUAAUCGCAAGCUAUUUUUAGAAUCCUGAAGAAAGUUUUGAGGAAAGACAGAAAGGAAGGAGAAAAAAAAGGGGGUUGGACCAGAAAAUCUCCUGCAUCCUUUCAAACUUUGAAUGGUUAUUACACAAUUAAUCGAUUACUAAUGAUCUACUAUUAAUCGGUUUUAGUGUUUGUUUGUUUUUUUCAAUAAUUGAAACACGUUUUAUAUAUUAUUCAGUUUUUCUUUGCUCCAUAUGACAAAGAAAUCAUUAAAACUGAAUUGUUUUUGUUUUUUGUGGACAAAAACAAGUACUACUUUACUUUAUUUAAAGGAAAGUUCUAUUUUGUUAUUUUGCUGACUAAAAUGUAAGUGAAUGAAUAUGUUAUUUUAUCAUAUGUUGAAUAAAAAGCUGCUCUAUCCCUUUAAAUCUUAAGUUGUCUGGUA